AUGUGUUAUGACGAGGAGCUGGUUCUGGUGAAGGAGAAUAAGACGUGGGAGGAGGCGUUGGAGCACUGCAGGUCUCUGAAAGAAGGAAACAGUCACGACCUGGCGACCCUGAUCACCCCCGACGACCACGACUACGCACGAGAGAGAGCCCAACACGCCACCACUGAGGAGGUGUGGACGGGUCUGCGUUACCUGGGCGAUGACUGGGUCUGGAGCGCUGGAGAACCGGUGCAGUACCCGGACAGGCCGGCCUGCCCGGGCAGCAGGUGUGGCGUCCUGGAGAAGAAGAGCGGCUUCCUGUUUGGGGUCAGAGACUGCAGCCAGAGGAAGAACUUCUUCUGCUAUAAGAAACCUGCUGGCGCCUGA